AUGGCGGUGGCCGGCGGGUUGGGUCGCCCGGGGCGGCCGACGCGAGGGAACAAACAGAUGCAGAAGACAAUCAACAACGUCAAGAUCACGGUCAUCUGCGGCUUCAUCACCAUCCUCGUCCUCCGCGGCACCGUCGGCAUCGACUUCCUCUCCUUCGGCGGCGGAGGCGGCGGAGAGGCGGCAGCUGACGCCCAGGUGUUCGAGGACAUCGAGCGCAUCCUCCGCGAGAUCCGCUCCGACUCCGAGCCCGAUGAGGAUGACCAGCUCGCCGGCGCGGCGUCGGGCAACAGCUCGACGGCCGUGCGCGUCGAGGAGGUGAUGAGGAACUACACCCUCGGCCCCAGCAUCACGCGGUGGAACGCGCAGCGCCGGCAGUGGAUGUCCCAGAACCCGGGGUUCCCGUCCCGCGACGCGCUGGGCAAGCCCAAGAUCCUGCUGGUGACCGGGUCGCCACCGGGGCCGUGCGACAACCCGGCGGGGGACCACUACCUGCUCAAGUCCACCAAGAACAAGAUCGACUACUGCCGCAUCCACGGCAUCGAGAUCGUGCACAACAUGGCGCACCUCGACCGCGAGCUCUCCGGCUACUGGUCCAAGCUGCCCCUGCUGCGCCGCCUGAUGCUGUCGCACCCGGAGGUGGAGUGGGUGUGGUGGAUGGACAGCGACGCCAUCUUCACCGACAUGGCAUUCGAGCUCCCGCUCGCCCGCUACGUCGCCAGCAACCUCGUCAUCCACGGCUACGAGGACCUCCUCUGGAAGCAGCGCUCCUGGAUCGCCCUCAACACCGGCAGCUUCCUGCUGCGCAACUGCCAGUGGUCCAUGGAGCUGCUCGACGCGUGGGCGCCCAUGGGGCCCAAGGGCAGCGUCCGCGAGGCCGCCGGGAAGGUGCUGACGGCGAGCCUGACGGGACGGCCGGCGUUCGAGGCCGACGACCAGUCGGCGCUCAUCCACCUGCUGCUCACGCAGAAGGAGCGCUGGAUGGAGAAGGUGUACGUGGAGAACAAGUACUUCCUGCACGGCUUCUGGGCGGGCCUGGUGGACAGGUACGAGGAGAUGAUGGAGAAGCACCACCCGGGGCUCGGCGACGAGCGAUGGCCCUUCGUCACCCACUUCGUCGGGUGCAAGCCAUGCGGCAGCUACGGCGACUACCCCGUGGAGCAGUGCCUCGGCGGGAUGGAGCGCGCCUUCAACUUCGCCGACAACCAGGUGCUCAGGCUCUACGGUUUCCGGCACCGCUCGCUGGCCAGCCCCAAGGUGAAGUCGGUCGCCAACAGGACGGCGACCCCGCUCGAGGCCAAGGAGGCAGCCCUCAACAUGACCACCAAGAUCGAGACUUGA